CAGGAAGGUCAGAUGAAAAUAGAACAGAAUAUGGUGAUACAGGAAGAGCGCACACAAGAGCAGAGUGGAAGAUUUGACAGGGUGAGACCAAAAAGUGCAGCACUACACAGUAAAGAAAAGUUAAACUGUAGAGCAACAGAACUGAUGUGGAUCUGCUAAAUGAGCCUGAACUCCAGCUGCUGACAGGGCCAGACACGUACAACCCCAGAGUGGAAAAUCCGGGACUGGAUACUUUUCAAUAAACAGAGGGUGUUUUUCCGUCCUUUUCUCACACUUGGCUGGUUGUGAUCAGUGACAGAACCAUCAGCUUUUUGGAUAUUCAGAUGCGCAGAAGGGGCCACCUGCUGGGAGAGCUGCUGUCAGCAUCCACGUGCACACACCUGCCCACACGCGCACACAAGCAGGAAGAAGUACCUGGUGAUGCCCCUUGGAAAAGCAAAGAGGACAUGUAGACUUCACACAGAGACUGGAGGCUGCAAGCCUGAAGGCCAACUGAGAGCUUUAUCAAAAGUGAGUGAGACAGGUACAGGGGGGCACACCAGGACCCCAGCCCCUUCCCCCCCCUGAGAGUCACUGUGUAAAGGUCAUUAUAAACAGCAAAUCAACUACACAGCACCAGGGCCUGCAUCAUCAAAGCCAACCAUGUAGCUAAGCAGAAAAUGACAGUUGAUUAGCACCAACACGAGGCUGAAAGGCUGUUUGACUGAACAGCAGCGGUGAGCAGUAUACCCCCGGGACCCCAGGCAGACGCACCAUCUGGGUGGUCAGUCGCAGGCAAAUCUCCAUUACACUGACAGUGCAAGUGGGAGAAUGGACCAAUAUUCCACCCCAUGUCUCAUAAGUUGUAGCAGAUCGACAGAUGUGAAGGAUGACGUCCUGCACAGAGAUCUGUGGAUCCGACUACACAGACCCAGCCCAAACCACAGGCCACUGUCAGCAGUAUGGAGUCCGAUCUUACCUACAUCAGUUUUAUGAGGAAUGCACAGCUUCAAUUUGGGAACGCGAUGAAGAUUUUCAGAUUCAGAGAUCGCCGAGCAGGUGGAGCUCUUUACUCUGGAAGGUCUGUCUCGCGUUCGGAGCAUUGGUCCUUUUUGCAGGCUUCAUAGUGGUCCUGGUGGGUUAUGCCACUCCAGCCAGGAUUGAAGCUUUUGGUGAAGAUGAUCUCCUUUUCGUUGACAGCCAAGCAGUUAGCUUCAAUCGAGCUCUGGAUGUGUGCAAACUGACUGGAGCGAUCCUGUUCUGUGUGGGAGGCACGUCUAUGGCAGUGGGUCUUCUGUUGUCUGCUUUUGCUAAAGGCUACUCUAAAGAAGAACUGUAUCUGCAGCAGAAGUUUAAAGAGAGACUGGCAGAUCUGCAUGCAACAGUUGGGACUCCCAUCAUGAGAGCACCCACCCCAGGAGAAGGAAAAGUACCAGUCACACUAUCCAAAGUCCAGAAUAUCCAGCCCUCCAAUGCUAAAGCAGAGACCUGACACUGAGCUCCUGAAGUGGACCAGUGAAGUGUGUGAGGGGAUGUUUGUGACUGAGUGCAUUUCCUUUGAAAAGGUCAGCUUACAUGACGACUAGUUCUGGGUUCACAACUAAUAGGUUCCUUAAAUCAUGCUUAUGUUUUUUAUUUAAACCAAACAAUGCCAAGAAUACAAAGCACAAUACAGCCUCUGAACUUUUUUAAAGACUUUUAGUGACUAUUGUUAGUGCUAGAUUGUAAAGCAUAGAAAAUAGGUAGACACAUAAGUUGCACCCAUUAAUUCAUACAAAAAGAUGCAGUGAAUUUAACUUAUUGCAGUCACUUUUGCUAAGUUUUUGAUGUGAUUAUUAUUAUAUAUAUAUUUUUUUUGGUAGUUCAGACAAAUAGCUUAGUUUAUUUUAGUUCAGUUUAUUUGAUGAGAUGUAGAGAAACCUUAAGAUCAUAACAGAGAUGCUUGCACUAGAUUAUAGCAAGAUAGAUAGCUUCCAUUUGUAGUCUGUGGUUCCUGGCUUCAUGAAUGUGUGUAUACAACUUGAAGUUAAGGAUUUAACUACUCUCUUUGCGAUUGCUGUUAUUGGCCAAUUGAUCUUGUCUCUACCAAUAAUUCCUCAGACAAGAGUAAUUGACUUGAACUGUGAUGAAAGCAAAACAGACAGGUGUAGAAUACAAAGGCCAGUUGCACAAAUUAAGUUUGCUCAUUCAAUGGAUAUAUAAUCGUGUGCUAAUAGUUUUAAGUCUGUAGUGAGUAUGUGGAAAGUGAAUACCCAAGUCGUAUCACCUCCACAAAUGUGUUACAAAACAAACAGCUCUGCAAGUUACAGCAGGUAUGCUGUGUUCAUUUUACGAAGCCUUCCUGCACUCACAUAAGACUUGAAGCUGUAUCAUCUGUAAUGCUAAACAAACACACAUACAGACUUACCAAAUAACAUACAUUUUGUCAAGGUUUCACAUGCAUAGUGGAAGAACAUUUGAUUCAUGCUCUUUAUAUAGGCAUUAUUUCUUCCUUGUUUUUAUUAUAUAGAUGAAGUACACAUGUGCAGUUAUCACAGUGCCAUAUAAAGUUACAGUCCUCACCAGAAAAAUACUGAGGCAAUCUAACUGUGUGGUAUGAUUAUGUAAGUUGACCUUUUAGGGUAAGUACUCUACUACCCUACUAAUCCAAAAUCCAGACCACAUGGAAACCAGUCUUGUGUUUUAAACAGGAAACACUGUGUAAUUUGGUUAGACAAUGUUGUACCUAGGAUACAGUUAAAUUACAGCUGCAGAGGAAACAAAACAACACUUCAUUCACCCAUAAUGAGAAAUCAGUAGUUUGGUGUUCAUGUAGUUCCUUGCUGUCUGUAGUGAGCUUUUUUAAUCCUGUAUUGGACCAAAGCUGAAUCCAACUUUUCCUUCUCUUGAAUAACUAAAAAUCACUCAACAAACAAACAGAAGUUGUGUC